AGAGAGAGAGAGAGAGAGAGAGUGGUCCAUCUGAGUCUAUCGCUGACCGACUUCUGAGAGAAGCCGUGCAAGAUAAGGAAUAUAUGAGAACGAAAGAGAGAGAAUUCUACACUUUCAGCCUUCAUGUUAUUUUCUAGUUUUUGCUUCCAAGUUUCAAACUAGGAGUUCAAGAUCUCUUCAAUAAGUACUGAGGAGACGAGUUUUAGAGAGUUGAAACCACGAUUCUCUUGAGUUAAUUUUCUCUUUUGUUUUCUGGGAAAGUGUAAGAUAAAUCUAGCAAUAGAUUUAUCAGCUAUCGGCAUAUCUUGUUUUUUUCUUUGUUUUUGGCCGGUACUGUCUCAGCUUUUUGAGCUUUUAUUCUUCUGGUUUAACUAGUUUUGGACACAUACCACACAUUUAUUACUCCAAAUUCACUUACAGAAUGAUGUCUGAUUAUGGAAUCUCUCCAAUUCUACCUAUAAUCCAUGGGUUUUCCCAAGAACCAAACACAAACCCUAACCCUAAUCUUAGUACAAAUCAAGCUAAGAGGAAGAGAAACCUACCAGGAACACCAGAUCCAGAUGCAGAAGUGAUAGCUCUCUCACCAAAGUCUCUCAUGGCGACAAAUCGAUUCGUAUGCGAAAUCUGCAACAAAGGUUUUCAGAGGGACCAGAACUUGCAGCUUCACAGAAGAGGUCACAAUCUUCCAUGGAAGCUCAAGCAACGAUCCAACAAAGAGGUGAUAAGAAAGAAAGUAUACAUAUGUCCCGAAAAGAACUGCGUACACCACGAUCCGUCGAGAGCCCUAGGCGAUCUCACCGGUAUUAAGAAGCAUUUCAGUAGAAAACAUGGUGAGAAGAAGUGGAAGUGUGAGAAGUGCUCGAAAAAAUACGCCGUUCAAUCGGAUUGGAAGGCUCAUAGCAAAAUUUGUGGGACUAAAGAGUACAAAUGUGAUUGUGGAACAAUCUUCUCUAGGAAGGAUAGUUUCAUCACCCACAGGGCAUUUUGUGAUGCUUUAGCUGAAGAAAGUACAAGGUUCAUUUCUAUUCCAACACCAACAAAUUUUAACUUCAGAGCUGAUGAAUUGAUGAACGGAACAAUUGGUAAUCUUCAAGCUGCCGGGGUUUCCGGAAACCCCCAAUUUCCGUCGGUGUUCCGGCCAGAUCUUGUUGGGUUGGAGACUGGCCAGCUCAACAUGGAUGGGCACAAACCAAGAUUACCACUGUGGUUAGACCAUGGCAAUUCACAUCCCAACAACCCUAUUGGAAUGCCAAGUAAUUCAAUGGGCUUGCCUGAAGUGGUGCAAACAGCACAGUGGCUCAAUCGGAGCCAAGAAUCACCAUUUUCCGGUGGAAAUCUCUCUCAGUUGGCGGCAUUGGGACUGGUACUAAAAGAGGAACAAGAGAAUAAUGGAAACUUGUCUGAAACUGUGAGUAAUUCUACUUCGUAUUACAACAAUCACAAUCAGACUCAGAAUCAGAUUCAGCAAGAAGCCCCGGCUCACAUGUCGGCGACGGCCUUGUUGCAGAAAGCAGCUCAAAUGGGAUCAACAAGAAACUCCUCAUUGUUCAACAACCGCUUUGGACUGGUGAGCUCAUCAUCAUCACCAUCUCUCUCCAAUGUUGCUUCUUUUAACCAGAUGAUGAUGAUGAGGCAACAAAACCUAGCUGAGAACUUGAAUGGCUUCAUGAAUACUAGUACUGGUGGUGGUGGUGGAGAUGGGUUGCUGUUGUUGGGUGAUAAUAUGAACUCAUCAAGCUCAGCGAUGGAGGCUAAUAACACAAGGAAUUUGAUUAUGGUGAGCAAACCCAGUUGUAAUGAAGCUGAAGGAAGCAUGACUAGAGAUUUUCUUGGUGUCGGAGGUGGAGGUGGCGGUGGCGGUGGCGGGGCUCUGCUGCGACGAGAGAUAGCCAAGUUUGGCUCAAUGGGUGCAGUAAUGGACUUGAGCCAACAGUACAGGAGUGGCAGUCACUGAGUGAGUGCUCCAAAAAAGAUGGGGUUUGAUUGGAACUUGGAAGACUAUUGGCGUCACCUCCAAUCUUGGUCACAGCUCAAGUAUUGGACUUUGGCUUGGAAAAUAAGGGUUUGGUUUUCCCCUCUUCUACGGGUAUGCUUAGAAGACUUUGGUGUUGCUAGUCUACUAGAACUAUUGGUAGAAUUUAUAUCAACCGCUUAUAAUGUAUUUUAUUUUAAGAGUUUGUGAUAGAUUGUUUGCUUUAAUUUAUGUUUACAGUUUAUUAGAUAGAAA